AUCAGUGGGUUUAUCACCGACGUCAGAGAAACUGAGCUGGUAAUGAUCCUCAACGUGCUGCCUCCUGCCUUUUAAACUCCACGUCUUACCUUUUCUAAAAGACAUAUUUCCAACAACGGAAUUUAAUAUUCCACUCGCUAGUGUGUAAAAGAUACGUCAUAGUAAUAUAAACUGAAACGCUAUUGGAAAUGCAGAGGGAACCGUAUAGCUCUUAAUAAUGUUACCCAGCUCGCAUUAUGUCUAACAGUUGUGGCUAACCUAAAUGCAGCAAACAUGUCUCCUCGAUAAGAAAACAACUGGUGGUAUUCUGUUUCGUAAAAGAUUUCAGGUGUAGUGGUGAGCCCAUGGAGAAACCAUCAUCUUCAGUCAGAGCAGCACUGGAGGAGAGAAAAGGCCUGGUGGGGGAUGGUGGGGUGCUGAGAGGUGCUGAGGGUGGAGAGGUAAAUCCUCAGACCCAGAGGAAGAGCAGCUCCUCUCGCUCGUCCCGCAAGAGCUUCCGCUUGGACUACCGGCUGGAGGAGGAAGUGACAAAGUCCUGUCAGGACAAACAUGGUCGCUGGACAAACCCCUGGCCCACAUGGCGGUUCCCUUCCUACACCACCCUGCUCAGGUUCCUGUUGUUGGAUAAAAAUCACAGCAACGUACCAACUAGUAAAGAGGCUCUGGACAGUGAGCUCCCAGUGAUGGAACCAUACUUUGUCCAGAAACCAGACCUCUCUGACUCUGGUCCAGGUCUGAGAGUCACCUGGCUUGGCCAUGCCACAGUUCUGGUUGAAAUGGACGGGCUGAAUAUUCUGACAGACCCAAUCUUUAGCCAGAGGGCCUCAUCGUUUCAGUUUAUGGGACCCAAAAGGUACAGAGGACCCCCCUGCAAUGUGGACCAGCUGCCCAGGAUUGAUGCUGUCGUCAUCAGUCAUUCUCAUUAUGACCAUCUGGAUGCUGGGUCUGUGGCCAGCCUUAAUGCACGCUUUGGAGGGGAACUACGCUGGUUCGUGCCCCUGGGUUUGAUGGACUGGCUGGUGAAGAUGGACUGUGAGAAUGUGAUGGAGCUGGAUUGGUGGGAGGAGAACUGUGUCCCGGGUCAUGACGAUGUCACAUUUGUCUGCACACCAUCUCAGCACUGGAGCAAACGCACGGCCCUGGAUGAUAACAAGUCUUUAUGGGGCAGCUGGUCUAUUUUGGGUCCGGACCAUCGAUUUUUCUUCGCUGGGGAUACCGGCUAUUGCACAACCUUCCACGAGAUUGGACGACGCUUUGGACCGUUUGACCUCGCAGCAAUCCCCAUCGGAGCUUACUUGCCCAGGAAUAUGAUGCAGGGGCAGCAUGUAGAUCCAGAAGAGGCUGUUCAGAUUCACCAGGACCUUCAGGCCAAGCAGUCUGUGGCCAUUCACUGGGGAACCUUUGCCCUCGCCUAUGAGUAUUACCUGGAGCCGCCGGUUCGUCUCAGAGAGGCUCUGGAACAGAAAGGACUCAAGCCGGAAUCCUUCUUCACUUUGCAUCACGGGGAGUCUCGCCUUAUAACUUCACAGGAAGGAGAUGUCUUUGACUGAUCCCCUCUGUAGCGUUCCACUGGCCAUGUGUCUAAGUGCAGAACAUUUGGUCAUCAUAUUUUUGAUGGACUUCAGUGUUUAAAGUGCAUAUCCCAAUGGAAAACAGGAAUUAACACAGUACUGUUU